CUGACCCUGUUGCCAAGGAGAAAAGGAUAGAACAUGCAUACCAAGAACCUUGAUACAAGGGAGAACAUACUAAGCGUCAUAAAAGAGACUCUCAGAAGUGGCUAUGAAGGGGUAGGGGGAGAGAUGACAUCAACAUGGGAAACUAUGAAAAGGUCUUCUGGGAAAGAAGAGAUGUAAAUUAUAUACAGCUCCAAAGAAGGGUAGGAUUUGAGCAUGUGGAGAUGAGUGACAAGACCAACAGGCUAGAACUACUCCCUCCCAGGCUUCAGGCUUGCCACGCUCUCCACCCGAUCCUUCCAUUGAAAGGCAGAGAAGGAAGGAUGCGCUUGGGAACUUUAAGACCCACGAACGACAGCGCAAUGAUGGAGCAGCCCAGUGUCCGGGGCAAAGUCCUCGAGGUUCAUUCACGGAAGCCUCUGUCCAGCCUUUACCAUGCGCUGAGUGAGAAGCUGAGGAUAAGGAAAGAGCAAGACCCCCAAGAAACCCUGAUGUCUGGCCGAAAGCCGAAGCAUGAUGCAACUUUGCUAUAUUUCUCUCCAGCAAGGAUUUGUAUAUUUUCACUUUCUACUCAAGUAACACCUGGACCUGCUCCUUUCCCUUCAAAUGCUGAGGGCUCAGUCUCCAAGUUCCUUUAUGAAACAGGGUGUACCAUCAGAGACGCAGGUGCUUUCAGAAAUGAAGAUGCAAAGACGCCAGGGGAAAACCAUGUAUGUUUAUGGACAGUCAUGCCAAAGUAUGAUUGGAAGACAAAAAGGAAAAACACACAUUGUAAAGUAAGAAUUCUUCAAAGACAACUAGAAGACGUCUGGGAAUUCUGAAGACUGAAAAUUCCAUGAGUUCAUAGCAGUGUUCACUAAUUCCACUGAUCUAAAGACAAAAAGGAGUCAACUGCGUGCCCAAACUCAUUUCUGAUGAUUUCUUCCAUCCUACCUUUUCUGCCUCUCUGGGGGUGGUUAUGCCUGUGAAAAACAUCGAAGCUGUCAGGAACAGAGUCGGCUUUCAAGAUUGGAAUGUCAAAGUAGAGUCUUCUUUCCCUCAGACCAGAAGGGGCUUGGUUGGUUAAGAGUUUCCAGAUCUAAAUGCAGACAGGACUGGGAUAUAGGAGCUUGUACAGAUAAACAGCACAAACACUUGGGUAUCAGUCCAAGAAAAAUAAAAAACAUAUGUCUGCUACACAGACUGCUUGCCUACUUAUGUAUGAACACUUGUUGAACACAAUAUGAAUGAAUUUCGAAAAUAUUUUGCUGAGUAAAAGUGCCCAAUCCCCAAAAAGUACACAUCACAUGACUCAAUUUGUUUGAAGAUCUGAAACAGAAAAGGUCACACAUAUAUAUUGCUGGUGGGAAUGUAAAUUAGUUCAACCUCUAUGGAAAACAGCAUGGAGAUUUCUCAAAGAACUAAAAAUAGAACUACCAUUUGACGCAGCAAUCCCACUACUGGGUAUCCACCCAAAGUUGAAGAAACCAAAGUACAAAGAAUAACUUGUCCAAGACCACAGAAUUUAGGAGAUAAUGAAGCAGGGCUUUGAGCUCUGCAUAAAGUGAUGACCCGUAAAUGCAAAUGGAAUACAACAGGAGUGGGUCCGUAAAGUCCCACCCAGAGAAUGCCCUUCUGCCAAAAAGUUUCAGAUUGAAACAGCAAAAACCUAAGCAACUGAUAGUCAGAUUUGGAACCUAGCCUCAAAAUGUGCUAAAGGUCACAUGGCUACUAGGUGCUAAAGUGAUGAUUCAAAUCCCUGGUUUAUCUGACUACAACAGCUCUUGCUCCUUCCAUGAUCCUACCCUUGCGAUCCCACCACAGAAAUCCUAAAUACAAAUAAGGACAGAUAUCAUUGUCCAAAAUGAGUUU